GAACUUUUCCAUGUACACUAAAUCAAUCUGUAUAAUGCACAAUACUCUCGUUUAGAUAUAUUUGAAGUAAAAUACCGGAAGUUCGUGGAGCGAUUCUUGUUACGCAUUUUCUUGUUCGACGUUAGUAAUAAGAUCUAAUGGAUUGAGUGAUCUAAGAAUAUUUCUGUUUAUGUAACGUAUAAAGGUAUAUAAGAAACUGUCCCAACAAAAACGUCGAAAGAUAUCACAAUGUCACUGAUUACAACGUUCUUCGUCUCUCUGUUUCUAUAUAUACCUUUUAAUACAGCUGAGUUAUCAGGCUUACAACUGGGUAAUCGGCCAUCGAUUCAAAAUUUUCAAGACCACCAUCCCGAAGAAAGUUUCCUGGAGAUUCUUUUGAAUCCGACGACGAUCGUUGACGAUCGUGCGACGAUCGGCAAUGUGCUCGAUUUGGAGUUUAAAGCGGAGGAUGUAAAUUAUGAGCUUUAUACGAAGGACAACAAAGAGCAAUCUGUAUCUCUACGAGUGGGUAAUGCUGCUCUAUUGAAGGAUUCACCAUUUAAUCCUGCAUGGCCAACCAAGAUCAUUAUUCAUGGAUGGACAGAAAGCGGAAAUGCGUUUUGGGUACACGAUAUUCGGCGAAAUUAUCUUAGCGUUGGGGAUUAUAAUGUAAUUUGCGUAGAUUGGUUCGCUGGUUCGACUAAAGAAUAUCUAACGGCUGUCAAACUUAUUCAUCAGGUGGGAGAAUACGUGGCUGCGUUUAUCGAAUUUCUCGGAUCGGAGACUCAAGUUGAUUACAAUAACGUUCACAUUUUGGGUCAUAGCUUGGGUGCUCAUGUGGCCGGAUACGUCGGUAAUUAUAUGCCGAAGAAACUCGGUCGAAUCACCGGACUCGAUCCGGCUGGGCCGGCAUUUGAGAUGCCGUAUCUUAAAGAUACAGAGGAGCGACUGGAUGCCGCGGACGCCAAUUUUGUGGAUAUUAUUCACACUUGUGCCGGCAGUUUAGGCUUCCUCAGACCCAUUGGCCACGCGGAUUUUUACCCGAACGGCGGAACGUUUAGGCAACCCGGAUGCCCCGUAUUUUCAUCCCAAGCCUGCAGCCACGGUAGGUCACACCAGUUUUUUGCCGAGUCCAUCGUGCAUCCUGAUGGGUUUGUUGCCGUGCAAUGCUCCAACUGGAUGGAUUUCCAGCUUGGUAAAUGCGACAAUAAUAAUUCUAACACCGCCGUCAUGGGCGAAUCUAUCAACCCUGAUACUCAAGGUAUUUUUUAUUUACUAACCAAUGCACAGCCACCGUUUGGAAAGGGCAAGAUGAAAUAAACCAUGAUGGAAAUAGAUAUAUAACUUCGAUAUCUACACUUAUAAGACGUAUAUAUGUAUUUCAUUACAAUUAGCGAUAUCGCAAGAAAACAUAUAAACGUAGAAAGUACUUUACUUUAUAUGAUGUCUCUAUCACACAUUACGAUAUAAAAUA